AUGGUCCAGUCAGGAGACAUCUUUCUAUUCUUGCUUCUUGUGAGCUACUCAGUUUCCCUGGACGUGCAAAUAACCCCGAGUCACGGAGAGAUUAGUCUUGGAGAGUCCAAAUUCUUCAUCUGUGAAGUGGUUGGAGUUCCCAAACAUAUAGACUGGUUUGGUCCAAAAGGCGAUCGCAUAGAGCCCAACAGACAGGACAUCACAGUAACUCGCAACGAUGAGUCAUCGUCCACGCUCACGCUGUACAACGCUGGAGAGGACAAUGCAGGGACCUACAAGUGUGUGGCCAUCAGCGGAGAUCAGCAAGCAGAGUCCACGGUCAACGUCAAAAUAUUCCAGAGAAUCACCUUCACCAAUGCUCCAUCGCGACAAGAAUUUACAGAAGGAGACAAUGCCAACCUUGUGUGUGAUGUGACCAGCUCUCCUCCGCCCACGGUCUUCUGGAAGUACAAAGGAGCCAGGAUCCAGAUGCAUAAGGAUGUUCGCUUUAAAGUCCUGCCCAACAACCAUCUUCAAAUCCGUGGGAUAAAGAAGACGGACGAGGGUGCGUACACGUGUGAGGCCCGGCAGUUUGCUCGUGGGGAGAUUGAUCUGCGGGUCAUCAAAGUGGUGGUGAACGUGCUCCCAACCAUCAGGGUGUGGCAGUCCGAAGUCAAUGCUACGGCAGAGGUUGGAAAUUCUGCCAUGUUAACUUGUGCUCCAGAUGGCUACCCUGAACCUAUGGUCACAUGGGAAAGAAACAAAGUGGUUCUUGAAGCCGGGGAGAAGUACAGCUUUAAUGAAGAUGGAUCAGAAAUUACAAUAAUGGAUGUAUCUAAGCUCGAUGAAGGCGAAUACACCUGCAUCGCCAAAAACAAGGCCGGAGAAGCCGAGCAGGAGCUCAGCUUGAGAGUGUUUGUCAAACCCAAGAUCACAUACAUCGUGAAUCAAACCAGCUCAGAGAUGGAGGAGCAGGUAACGCUGACGUGUGAGGCCUCUGGUGACCCCACACCCACCAUCAGCUGGAGUUCUAGUGAGCACGUCUUCACUGAAGGAGACCAGGCACAUCUUAACAGGAUCUAUCAGGCAUCAUGGACUCGGCCUGAGCAGCACAAGAGCCCAGAUGGAAAUGUAGUUGUCAGAAGUGAUGCUCGCGUCUCCUCUUUGACUUUAAAAUAUGUCAAGUACACAGACGCCGGACAGUACACGUGCACAGCUCAAAGUGCAAUCGGGGAAGACACAUCAGCAGCGUAUCUGGAGGUGAACUAUGCUCCAAAGAUCCAUGGCACAGUGGCGGUGUACACUUGGGAGGGCAAUUCUGUCAACAUGAGCUGCGAGGUCAGGGCCUACCCCAGCGAAGUGUCUAUUACGUGGCUUCGUGACGGUUUCCAGCUGCCCAACUCAAACUCCACCAACAUCAAGAUUUUCAGGACCCCCUCCUCCAGCUACUUGCAGAUAACUCCGGAGUCAGAGAAUGACUUUGGGAGCUACAACUGCACAGCAUCGAACGACAUGGGAACAGAGUCCAAGGAGUUUCUUCUGAUUCAAGCUGACGUCCCAUCAGCCCCUGCGGUCAGUGAGGUCCGGCCCUUCUCCACAACGGCACAGGUGCAGUUUGAGGAGCCCGAGUCGAACGGAGGAGUGCCUGUUCUGAGGUACAGAGCCGAGUGGAGAGCUCCCGGGAGCGGCCGCUGGCAUCACAAGGUCUUCGAGGCCCAGGACGGCGUCGUCAGUGACAUGAUCAUCACAGGCCUGAGCCCAGAGACCAACUAUGAAGUGAGAUUAUCAGCCGUCAACGGCAAGGGAGAAGGAGAGAGUAGCUCAGUGGAGUUCUUCAAAACCGAGCCAGUCCGAAACCCCAAUCCCCCGAAGCUGGAGUGGGCUCCUCAGCCCAAAGGAAACUCUCUCAGAGUGAGUUGGAUUAAACAGGAUGACGGCGGCUCAGCAAUCUUGCAUUAUCUUAUCCGCUACAAACCUGUUCAGGAGACGCAGUGGAAACCUGAGAUCCGGAUGCCCAGGGGCAGUGACUCUGUGGUCCUCAGUGGACUUGAAUGGGACACAGAAUAUAAUGUGUUUGUUGUGGCCGAAAAUGAGAAAGGAAAGUCUCAGCCAGCAUCUAUGUCCUUCAGAACAACAGCAGAACCAGCCGGAGUAGCAGAUCUGGGAGAGGAGUCAGUGCUCAAUAUGAACACUAUUCUCUGGGCAGGCAUCAUAGUUGUCGUAUUUAUACUCCUCCUGCUGGCCGUGGAUGUGACAUGUUACUUUGUGAACAAGUGUGGUCUGAUCAUGUGCCUUUGUGGGAAGUCGGGCACUGGCUCCAAAGGACACAACUUGGAAGAGGGCAAGGCUGCAUUCAUAAAAGAUGAGUCGAAAGAGCCGAUUGUGGAAGUUCGAACAGAAGACGAAUGCACAGCCAAUCACAAUGCAGCUGGCCCCACAGAGCCCAGCGAGACCACGCCCCUCACAGAGCCAGAGCUGGCGGCUUACACUGCUGCUCUGGCACUGGACACGCUCUCCUCCACAGCCACUGCAACUCUCGACCCCGCCCUGGAGAGCCCCUCUAGCGAGACCACCACACUCACCUGUAGUCUGUCCACCCCUGCAAACGAGCCAUCUCACGGCCCAGCCACAGCGCCUAUCCCAUGCGCCGAUUCCAUCACCGCCCCGCCAACCCCCGUCUACUCCUCUUCCGACGACGCCGAGAAAACAGAACCGCCCCUGAAACCCGGAAAGACAGACAAACCGAGUCCGUUAGUGUUGGAUCAGAAAGAAAAUCUCAUCCCGGUGGAGCAGUCUAAACUCAACACACCCCCUUCCACCCCGGAUCAAACUAAAGAUCCUAAAGCUGUCACGCCAAUACCGCCAAAGCGACGGUUCUCUCCCAAACUUAUGGCCGCGCAACAGGCGAGAAAUAGCCCUCCAGUGUCCCCUCUGGCUUCUUCCUCCCCCUCUGCCUCCCCCAUACUGAGAAAACAAGCUCCGAGUCCACCCAAGCCUGCACCAAAAGACACUGUAGCCUUAGAUACCACUGCCAACACUGCCUCCCGUCCUGCCCCUGCUGUCCCAAAGCAAAACGAUCUCAGCACUGCCCCAGAUUUGACUGAGAGUAGCUUUACACCCUUUUAUAACAAAAAGCCAUAUGACCAAAUGGCUGAAUAUAAUAACAUCAGUAUAACCAAAAACCCUCAAGGCAACCCCAACCUCAAUAGUAAAGACACUGCCCCUCUGGCUGAGGAUGCUCAUCCGACUCACAACACCUCGAAUGACCUUUUUGCAACGCGCCAAGACACGUACGAUUUGCUCGCUCCUGAAUCCCAGCGCCUCACUGGCUUGGAAAGUCCUGACAUAGAGCUAGAACUGGGGGACAGGACAGAGAGGCCCUCGUCGCCCACCGCUGACCUGAUUAGCCUAGAGAGCCCGCCCUCUGAUCCUGCUAUACCCAAUGGAGACGGAGCAGACCCCUCAUCAUCAGAGACUGUGGCCAAGACCGCUCCUCCUGUCAGCGAUGAGCAUUUUUUCUCAGAUGAAGCCGACAAACUGGAGGAGGCUCAGUUGACCAACGCCCUGGCAGUGAUCACAGGACACAACACGGAGGACGAGAAGAGUGGAGGUGCUAAUGAUCCAGUGAUCCUGCACAAGCCACAGACCACAGACAGCUGA